ACCACAGUUCCAACAACACCCACAUCCACAACUACCACAGUUCCAACAACACCCACAUCCACAACUACCACAGUUCCAACAACACCCACAUCCACAACUACCACAGUUCCAACAACACCCACAUCCACAACUACCACAGUUCCAACAACACCCACAUCCACAACUACCACAGUUCCAACAACACCCACAUCCACAACUACCACAGUUCCAACAACACCCACAUCCACAACUACCACAGUUCCAACAACACCCACAUCCACAACUACCACAGUUCCAACAACACCCACAUCCACAACUACCACAGUUCCAACAACACCCACAUCCACAACUACCACAGUUCCAACAACACCCACAUCCACAACUACCACAGUUCCAACAACACCCACAUCCACAACUACCACAGUUCCAACAACACCCACAUCCACAACUACCACAGUUCCAACAACACCCACAUCCACAACUACCACAGUUCCAACAACACCCACAUCCACAACUACCACAGUUCCAACAACACCCACAUCCACAACUACCACAGUUCCAACAACACCCACAUCCACAACUACCACAGUUCCAACAACACCCACAUCCACAACUACCACAGUUCCAACAACACCCACAUCCACAACUACCACAGUUCCA